AAGUCGUAAGCUGGGUUGUAAUUUUCCUUUUGAGUGGGUGGUCUGCUGGUUCAAGUGAUUCCAAGUCCUUUUACUUGGGUUAUUGCGAGCUGUUUCAUUUCGUUUUUGAUAUUUGCAUUGUUUUGCAGUUUGAGGUGGUAGUCCCUGACCAUUGGAAAUUGGAAUUAACCCAAGACGGAUAGGAGUUGAGACUAUUGCAGGUGGACAGUGGACUGAUGCAUCAUUGUUCAUGGUUAUCAGCAAAGCUGUGAGGACCUAGUGAUCUACUACAGGCCUCCAGUGUUAUAAAAUACUGUAGGCAUCAUGGGGAUCUUCUCAACCAGCUCACCAUUCGACAAUGAUGUGGAUCGUGUCACGGACGAGAAGAACACCACGGAGGACUGGGGUCUGAUCAUGGACCUGUGCGACCGGGCAGCGGCCAACCCGAAGGACGCCAUGCGCUCCAUAAUCCGUCAGCUGAACCACCGUAACCCGCACGUCCAGCUGCAGACCAUCACCCUGUUGGAUGCCUGUGUGAACAACAGCGGGAAACACUUUCACCUGGAGGUGGCCAGCCGCGAGUUCGAGCAGGAGUUCAAGAAGCAUGUGUUCAACCCAAACACCCACAAGCGGGUUUCCUCCCGACUGUUGGCCUCGCUGCAGAAGUGGGCAGAGACCGAGUUCCGCUCGGACUCGCAGCUCUCGCUCAUCCCGAGCCUGUACCGGUCGCUGCAGGACGAGGGACUGUACGCCCGGCUGGCCGACCACGAGGCGCCGCCAAAGAAGGCCGCCGCGGCCGCCAGCCGAGACCCGAACGUGGUCAGUUCGCAGCAGGAGGAAGACGAUAUCGCCAAAGCCAUCGCUCUGUCGAUGAAGGAAGCGGAGAAGGCGCCGCGCUCCUCCAGCCUGUACCCGUCGGCGCAAAGCGUGCUCAGCUCCCCGGGACCGUCCACAUCAUCGUCUGGUGGGUCUGCCGGGGGCGCCGGCGCUGCCGCUGCUGCCAAACCCGAGCGGAAGGUGCGGGCUCUGUAUGACUUCGAGGCAGCCGAGGACAACGAACUCACCUUCAAGGCCGGGGAGAUCGUGCUUGUGACGGAGGACAGCGACCCCAACUGGUGGCUGGGCUCCAACCACCGCGGCAAGGGUCUGUUCCCGUCCAACUUUGUCACCUCGGACCUCUCCGAGGAGCCAGAGCAGUGGAAAGAGGAGCGUCAGCAGCGCAAGUCUGUGCAGUUCAACGAGGAGGUGGAGGUGAACACAGUGGAGCGCGCCGCCGCCGAGCCGGUGGCCAUCGACGGCGCCAAGAUAUCCGAGCUGCUGGAGCUGCUGAACGAGGCGGACCCGACCGGCGACCGGCCCGACUCAGACCACCUGCUGGCGCUCGAGGAGCAAUGUCUGGCGAUGGGCCCGCUGAUUGACCAGGAGCUGGAGCGCACCGACCGGCGGCACGCGCAGCUCACCAAGAUCAGCUCGGAUCUGGUGGACGCGCUCAACCUCUACCACCAGCUGAUGCGAGACACGCCGGCCGUGUCCGGCUACUACGGCCCGCCGCCGGCGCACCUGGUCAAACAGUACGGCCAGCCGGGACCGAUGGCCGGCGCGCCGCCGCCGCCAGGAGGGUACUACGGGAUGCCGCCGGCGCCGCCCGGUCUGCCGCAACACGGCGCUCCGCAGCCGUACCCGGGCCCGGGCCCGAUGAUGCCGCCGAUGCCGGGCCACAUGGCCGGCUACCCGCAGGCGCCGCCGCCGCCGCACAUGGACGGACACAUGGGCGGCCCGCCGGCGUCCAUGGGCGGGCCGCCGGGCCCCAUGGCGCCGCCCAGCUCCAUGGCGGGCGGGCCCCACGGACCCAUGGGACCGCCGAGCUCCAUGGGAGGAGCGUACCCCGAAUCGUCCGCCGCCGGAGGACCUCCCCCUGGACUAGACCGACCAGCGUAUUACUGACUCAGCUGCCCCCGCCGGGCGGUGCGCCGCCGCCUCACUGGGGCCACUACGCCGGUCCGCCGCCGGCCGAGCACCAUUUCGCCGGGUACGCCGCCGCCGCCGCGCCGAUCGGUCCGCCUCGGCAGCACCUGUGAGAGCGGCCAGCGCCGCUCCGACCCACUCACUAGCUAUGGCAAUGUAUUCACACAUCUAUUCUAUUAUUGGUGCACUGCGGGAGCACGCUGCGGUGACCAGAGGCGACUCUGGGAUGAGAGGCUCGGCGCUCGACGGCGUCGGGUGCGGUCGGCAGCCGCUCAAAGGUGUGGCCCGUCUCGCGGUCCGAAGUGCCGCACGAGUCUGACUCUGGUGGCAGUCGAUCGCGCGUGAUGGAGCCGGGAGCCGCGGAGGAGACGUUGUCUGGUAAUGACGGACAGGUGACAGUCCAGCCGGCCUCCGUCAGGUGUCGCUCGUCAGCAGUUACCGCCGCCAGCCGCCAGGGCUCACCGCACCGCCGCGGUGCGGGUUGCGCCCGUGUCGUGCCGAAGAAACAGGGAUGGGUGCGCACUGCGCAGUGAUGGCGACACACGCCCUCUGACUUACAGGCUGCUUACUUGGCUCGGAUCGCCCCGACCCUUCCCGCUGCGGGCCGGGCACUGCGGGUGGCCCGUUGAUGGGUGAUCGGCUCCCCUGUGCUGCCCGGUGUGACCCGGUUGGGGCGGGAGGCGCCCGUUCAGUGCUGGGACCGGGCCGGCGGCCGCCAGCAAUAUGUCGGACCGCCGCGCUGUGCCGUCCGCUGGUGUUCGCGCUCGUGUGUGCAUGGAGGUUCUGUUCGUAAUCGUGAGUCGAGAGGCCCGCUCGCGGUCGGCAGAGGCGAAUUCCAUGGCCGACGCAUCGGUCACGCGUGAUGAAUACUAUGGUGAACGUAUGUAUAUUGUAUAUGUAUGGUAAGGACGCCCUGUGAAAUACAUUACUACACAAACGUC